GGGUGGGGGCGGGGAGCGUGAAGUCUCGGAUUCCCGGCGGGAUCUGGGGUUUGGCUUGGAGACGCUUCCAGAGGAGGCGCAGAGUUGGGCCUCCGGGGAGAGGGGUUGAGGGGAUCAGGAGGGGGGCGAGCUGGGUGGGUGGUGACGCUCGGAGGCUCCAGAUUGCCCAGGGGCGAGUUUGACGUUUGCUGUGGGGGAAGCCUGGGAAGCAGUCCGGUGCCGCGGGUGGGGUUUGGGUGAACGGUAACGCUGUGGGUGGGGGGUGGGGGUACAGAGGCUCCACCCCUACUUCGGAGAAACUUUAGCAACGGAGUAGAUGAGCCUGGGGUGAAGUCGGUGAAGGAGUGGACACACUGGAGUGAAGUGGACAGGAGAAUAGAUACGCUUGGGGGUGCAGUUUGGUCGGGGUGAAGUUUAGGGGAGGCAUUGCUUAGAAGGUCGGGGCCCUUACCUUGACAUAGGGUUUGGGUGAGCUGGGAGCUGGUUGAAGACCUCGAGCUCAGAAGACAGAAAGUUAGGACUUGGGAUUCGGCGAUGGGAAGGGGCACCGGGACGCAAGUUUGGGGCAACUGGGAGGCAGAGCAGCCGGUACCCUGGGGUGGGUGAGGGGACGGAGGCUGAGGACGCUGGGAGCAUAGUGGUGGAGUGGGGGCAGGAUCCUGUGGAGGUUCUAGGGCCCCUGGCCCGGGGGUCUCGCGCCUCACGGGCUCUUUGUGCCUCUCCAGCUCGGUAGUGCGGCGGGCAAGGCAAGCGCCAUGACCCUGAUUGAAGGGGUGGGUGAUGAGGUGACCGUCCUUUUCUCGGUGCUUGCCUGCCUUCUGGUGCUGGCCCUUGCCUGGGUCUCAACGCACACUGCUGAGGGCGGGGACCCACUGCCCCAGCUGUCAGGGACCCCAUCGCCAGCCCAGCCCAGCGCAGCCAUGGCAGCUACCGACAGCAUGAGAGGGGAGGCCCCAGGGCCAGAGACCCCCAGCCUGAGAUACAGAGGUCAAGCUGCACAGCCAGAGCCCAGCACGGGGGUCACAGCAACACCGACACAGCCAGCCCUGGACUCCCCGCAGGAGCCCCUCGUGCUACGGCUGAAAUUCCUCAAUGAUUCAGAGCAGGUGGCCAGGGCCUGGCCCCACGACACCAUUGGCUCCUUAAAAAGGACCCAGUUUCCCGGCCGGGAACAGCAGGUGCGACUCAUCUACCAAGGGCAGCUGCUAGGCGACGACACCCAGACCCUGGGCAGCCUUCACCUCCCUCCCAACUGCGUUCUCCACUGCCACGUGUCCACGAGGGUCGGCCCCCCAAAUCCCCCCUGCCCCCCGGGGUCCGAGCCCGGCCCCUCCGGGCUGGAAAUCGGCAGCCUGCUGCUGCCCCUGCUGCUCCUGCUGCUGCUGCUGCUCUGGUACUGCCAGAUCCAGUACCGACCGUUCUUUCCCCUGACCGCCACUCUGGGCCUGGCCGGCUUCACCCUGCUCCUCAGUCUCCUGGCCUUUGCCAUGUACCGCCCGUAGUGCCUCCGCGGGCGCUUGGCGGCAUCGCCAGCCACUCUGGACCUUGUUCCCCGCGCCGUGGCGGGAACUGCUGCCUGCCCAAGCCCACCUCUCCGGCCUGCCUCUUCCCGCUGCCCUGGAGCCCAGCCCUGCGCCGCAGAGGACUCCCGGGGCUGGCAGAGGCCCAGCCCUGCGAUCGCCGUGGUUCGGGGCCGCCUCCCGGGGCUGCUGGCCCUCAGCCAGCACUGGGAGUGGGCUCCUCGGGGUCAGGGACCUGCUGUCGCUGCCUCGGCCCCGGGCAGAGACGGGCCGCCCCCCGGGCCCGUCUUAGCGUUCUGCCGGAGGACCCAGCCGCUUCCAGUCCCUGACAGCACCAUGGGCUGAGUUGGGGACGCCAGGACCGUGGGAGGCUGGUGAAGGGGAGCGGGGAGGGGCAAAGGAGUUCCCCGGAACCCGUGCAGAUUAAAGUAACUGUGAAGUUUUCA